AAGCGGAAUUGACGCUUCCUUCAAAGUUUAAACCAAAUCCAACAAUGGACUCGGUUCGUGCCAGCGUCAGUCCGGCUUUUAAGAAAAAAAAGGAAGUGAUACACAAAGUCCAGUCGCCUCCGACGCCUGCAGCAGUUCACGUUUGGUGUAUGCGUAUCACCACCCAAUUAGACAUGAGUGCUAUUGUGUGGCUUUAAGUAGGCGUAACAAAAGCAAAUCCAAACACUGACAUAGCAACGCACCUGGCUCAUUACGUAACACAUUGAGAGUGUUUUUGUUAUGUUACUUCUUCUUUGGAAGACUAGUUAUUGUCACCAUACUUUACAGUGAUCUGAAGUCCAACUCAUCUUUACAUACAUUACCUUAUUAUCAGUAGACCUGAUUGUUAUUUGCAUUACAAUAUUAACAUUUGGCCAGGGUCUCGACUUUGAAUCGCUUUCUACCAUCGUCUUUGUAGCUUCAUUGAAAUGAAUUGAGAUUUGGAUUAAAAAGUAUCGCUAACUACCCGCAAAAAUAAUUGACAUGUUUGACGUUCGGGAUUAUCUCGUUGACCACGUUAAUGACCAUUCAUAAUUUCAUAUACCCCUCUAAUUCGCUCGAAUGAUUGACAUCUAAAAGGGUUAUUCAAAGUCUCUCUAAGUUCUUAGAAGCGGGCUUGAUGUGUUAAUUGCUCCAUUAUUUUGAACAGUGUCGGCUGCUGAGGUUAGUGCUACCUUUUGAAGAGGACGAGAAGAGCAUGAUGCACUGUAUGGCCCAAAUAACAGUACACCGGAUGGGUGGCAUGGCCGACGUUCUGUAUCGACUCAUAUCCAUAUGGAUCUUCUUCACAAGAAUAGCAUUCUGCCAAGAACUAAAUGUUAGGCUACAGAAUGGACUAACCCCUAGAGAGGGCAGAGUGGAGGUUCGCAUCAAUGGAACUUGGGGGACCCUCUGCGACAACAGCUUUGACAUCAACGACGCCAAUGUGGUUUGCCGUAGUCUCGGGUUCACUGGGGCACUUGGUACCACGUCACUUUCGGAGUUUGGACCGAGUACUUUAACGAUCCACCCGGCCGAUUUUCGGUGCAACGGGCAAGAAACUGAUCUGUCAGAAUGUUCCAGGAGUAAUCUAGAUCACCUGCCAGAAGGAUGCGACUCAAAUAUCAAGGAGGCCGGCGUAAGAUGCUCAGACUGCCGGGAUGUAAAUCCUAGAUGUGAAGAAUGGGCCAGCCAAGGGGCUUGCGAAUCUUACCCAGGAGAGAUUUUACAUGUCUGCCAGAGUAGUUGUGACCAGUGUACCCUGCUUAGCAUGAAUGAUUCAGCAUCAAUAAACCCGGCAGAGGAAACGUGUGUAACAGGACAUUGCUUUCUCGACUCGAACAAUGGUAAGAAUAGACUCCAGUAAUCUAGAUAUACAUGUUUAUAUAUAUAUAUAUAUAUAUACAUAAACCCCUCAAAAAAGUUUGGAAAUCUGAGUUUAGCCAUUAAUUUCUCCCAACUCCCAAUGUUUAACAAUGCAUAUUUGACAUCAUUCAAAAGAUCAUUUAAUUUUCUUUAAAAUGAUACCAUGCUUGUUAUGAUCAUACCCUCACGAAAAGAAAAGGGUUCAAAAGUGUUGGAUUUGGUCUGAAUUGAAAAACUGCAAAACGAGCAAAAAGGCCAUUAAUUUCUCCCAACUCCCAAUUUUACACAAUGCAUAUUUGAUAUCAGUAAAAGAUCAUUUAAUUUUCUUCAAAAUUCAUUUCGUUUCAUUCAUUUCGUUUAUUUCCAUUUUCAACGAUUACAGUUUGUUUUGUACAUUUUAACAUAUAAAUAACAAAACAUACUUUCAAGUAUUCCUGUACAAAAAUUAUAUUCAAGAUUAUUACAUAUCAGGUUGGAAAUGGAGGAGGCUGCUAAAAAGCGGAGCUUGUAGAGUGCAGCCUCCUAAUAAAUAUUCUUGUAGUUGCAUUACAUAUAAAAAUCAAAAUAACAACUAGAGCAUGAACCAGUUAAAUUAAAAGGAAAUAGGGGAAAUUAAAAUAGAAAAGGAAAUAAGAAAAAGAGAGAUUAAAGGUCUCCAGAAUCCAGCCCCAGCACUCACAGACGGACCUCGUUGAUCGACAGGAAAACGAAAGAGAUGUAAAAGCGUACGUGACAUGAUAAUCAUGUUUGAUUUAAAAAAAAAAUACAAGAGUUUGAGUGAUGAAGAGUUAAAUUCAAUGGUUAUCUUGGAGAAAUUUUUUGAACUUAUAUUUGAAAGAAUUAAGGCUCGGUGAUUCUUUGAUGUUUUUAUUAAUAGUUCCCCAGAGUCUAGGGCCUUCAAAAGUAAAAAUAGAUUUUGCAAGGAUGGUCCGGGGUAGUGGUAAAUGGAAUUCAUCUGAUUGACGUGUGGGAUAUUUGUGAAGAGUUUUGUUUUUGUUAAAUGAAGAAUUAAAUAUGAAUGGUAACAUAUUAUUGUUUAACUGAUACAUGAAUUGACCUAAGUUAUAUUGGUACAGUGUUUUUAUUUUUAGAAUGUUGUUGUUAAAAAACAACUCAUCUGUGUGAGAUCUCCAGGACAAGUUGAAAAUAACACGCAAUGCCUUCUUUUGUAAAAGUAAUAUUCUAUCAAGGUAGGUUGAGUGUGUAUUUCCCCAAACAAUUGCUCCAUAAUUUAAAUAUGGUAAAAUUAAUGUUGAAUAAAGCAUUUUUAGGGAGGAAGUUGGAAGAAAAAAUUUGACUUUGUUAAUAACACCAAUAUUGCGUGAAAUUGUACGACAUAUAAAGUCAAUGUGUGUUUUCCAAGAUAAUUUGUUGUCUAUUAUGAGACCUAAAAAUUUUGUUGUAGUAACAACUUCAAUGUCUUUAUUGUCCAAUUUGAUAUUAGAUGGCAAUUGUUCUAAAGAAUUGCUAAAAAGCAUGCAUUUCGUUUUUUGUACAUUAAUUGACAAUUUGUUAGCCCUAAUCCAUUGUACCAAUUUAUCCAGUUCAGUGUUCAGUACAUUUAUUAAAAUAUCGGGGUUAGGAUGAGAGUAUAGUACAUUUGAAUCAUCUGCAAAAAGGACAUAAGAUAAUAUUUCAGAGGAGUUCUGGAUGUCAUUUAUAUAGAUUAUAAAUAAAAGAGGGCCCAGGAGGCUGCCUUGGGGAACACCCCAGUUAACAUUUUGUAGAGAAGAAUUUUGUUCAUUUAUGCUUACGAAUUGUUUACGAUUUACGAGGUAGUUUCUGAACCACUCCAAGGCCUUCCCACGAACUCCGUAAUUUUCAAGUUUGUAGAGCAGUAUUUCAUGAUUUAUAGUGUCAAAGGCCUUGGAGAGGUCCAGAAAAACACCUAUUGUAUGUUCAAAGUUGUCAAUAGCUUUUGUGAUUUUGUCAAUAAAUGAGAGAGUGGCAUGAGAUGUACUAUGUUUUUGGCGAAAUCCAAAUUGAAAAUCAGAGAUUAUAUUAUAUUUAUUCAAAAAAUUUAAUAAUCUUGUGUAGAUCACCCUUUCCAUAACUUUAGACAAAGUAGGUAAUAACGCUAUCGGUCUAUAGUUACAUACAUUAAUCUUUUCUCCUUUUUUGUGCACUGGUAUUAUCUUUGAUAUUUUCAUAUUGUCAGGCACGACGCCAUUACUUAAAGAAAGGUUGAAUAUGUAUACUAAUGGAUCAACAAUAUAUUCUAUAACAUUCUUUAAUAAAAUAUUGUCAAUACCAUCGUGACCACAGCUUUUUUUGUUUUUUAAGUUGUUCACUAUAUCCAUUAUUUCAUUUCUAUGUACUGGUACUAAAAAUAAAGAAUUAGGGUUUGGUUGGUGAAUGAAAUCUGUAAAUUUUUUUUGUGUUAAUGGUAUAUUGUCUGCAAGACUUUUUCCAAUUUGUGUAAAGUAUUGAUUAAAUAUAUCAGCUAUACGAAAAGAAUCAUGAAUUUCAACAUUAUUGUGCUUUAUUGUUUUUAUGCGUGCUUUUGUGCUUUGUUUAUUUAUGGCUGUGUUUAUUGUUUUCCAUGUUUUAUUGAUGUCGUGUUUGAAACGAAUUAAUUGAUUUGUGAAAUAUUUUCGUUUUUCACUCCGCAAUAAUUUAGUGAGGGUAUUUUUAUAUGUAGUAUAUUUACGAUGUGACUUUUCUGAGCGAUUAAUUUUAUCGGCAUAGUAUAAGUUAUUUUUGCGAUUUAUUGAUCGUAAUAUUGAUUUCGAUAUCCAAGGAAGUCUUGGACUCUUUUUAUAAUUAUUACAUUUACUGACCAAUGGUACAUGUCUAUCUAAAUUUGAAGUAAAAAUUUUCAUAAAUAUAUUAUAUGCUGUAUUUGUAUCUUGAGAACUGAAUGCCUCAGACCAAUCCGCGUCUUCAAGACCAUCUUUUAAGCUCUGUAAAUUAUUUGGUGUUAGUCGUCGGAAUUUAUGUUGCGGGGUAUCUUUUUUUGCUAACCUAAACGGAGUUCUUGAAAAUAUCGGGAAAUGGUCAGAAAUAUCAGAUAAAAUUAUUCCAGACUCGGGUAGAGGAGAAACAUUACAAAAAAUAUUAUCAAUAAGGGUUGCAGAUUGGUUAGUAACCCUAGUGGGUUUUGUUAUCAAUGGUAAAAAGGAUGAUGAAAGCAUGAUAUCCAAAAAUUCAUGUGACCUAUUGUGAUUAGAUUUAGAUAUGUCUAUAUUAAAGUCACCUACCACAUAACAAUCUUUAUUAUAAAAAACCGGAUUUUGUAGAAAGUCUUGCAAGUAUUCAAAAAAAUUAUUUGUGUUGGAGUUAGGAGGUCUAUAAAAUACUGCGAUCAUUAUGUUUUUAGAGUUUGGUACCCGAAGUUCAAUGAUAAGAGAUUCAGCAAUUUCAUUCAUACAAUUAAGAUCAUUGUGAGUAAAAUAUUCUAGUUGUUCAUUGAUAUAGAUACCUACCCCUCCUCCCCGUCUAUUACCCCUAUGGUUUUCUACAAAUGUGUAACCAGGAAGUGAGUAUAAAUCAUCAGAUUCCUGUGAUAACCAUGUCUCAGUUAGCGCGAUUAUGGACAUUUUGGUUUGUGAAGAUGAAUCGGAUAAAAGGCGUAAAUUGUCGAAAUUAGAGCUCAAGCUCCUUAUAUUCAUGUGCAUUAUUGAAAGUGUAUUUGUAGAUUUAUCAAGAGAAUUAAAUUGAUUUAUUGUAAAGUAAUUCGAACUUGGAUAAUUACAGUCGUUAUUUUCAUUUAAAUCUGCAGCUAAAUUCAUUUCCAUUGAUACGAGAUUUUCAAAAGAAGAAUUGUUGUUAGUAUUUUGGGUUUCGUUGUUUGGCCUAAACAAAUUGUAAAACUCAUCAUCAUUCAACACUGAAAAGGGGAAGUUUUCAAUCACUGGGAAUAGAAAGAGAAAAACACGAAAUGCAAAAGAGUCGCUUCCUGAAGAGACCGACGAGACCGCGUGCUCUGAGUGUCAGCGAGGCAAGGACCUGGAGAGAAUAAUAAUUGGACAAAGAAAAACUGGUUACCGGUAUACACAUUCCUAUGAAAAAAAGGAGCACAAACACAUGAAAAGUCAUCAGGUAAACAUUGGCAAUUAUAUACGAUGUCAAUUGCAUCGUAAAAUUUUUGUACUAAAUAAGCAUAAAAGAGUUGGGUGAGCUCCCGUGAAUAAAACAAGCUGGGAAGCCUCCCAUAUAUAGAAUAGAAUAAGGAAUGACACAAAUUCAAAUUAUUCAGGGCAUGCUUCCCAGAAAACUGAAAGAAGGUGAAAAGGCAUUCGAAUGUAGUUAUGGUGUUCGUACAUUUAAAUAAAACUUCUACUCUUACACCUGGUAUACAAUUUGUUAGGCUUGAUCAAAAUACCGCUGAAUUGAUGAAUAAAAAGAAUGAUCGUCUGAGAUCCAGAUCAUGUUACACUGUACAUUAAUCAUAGUUGAUUUGUCAAAAACAAAUUAACUAAAGCUAUCUUUUUCUUAUGUAGAAUGGUUACUGGUUU